UUGUCAGUCAACCGAGUUGCUGUUUGGCGCUUUUAUUUUGCAUUGCUAUCACAUUUAAUCAAGUAACAAUACUCGUAUAAAACAAGCGCUGCCUGAAUGUCUCGAACGCUUUUUGGGUAGUCAAUCGGAACUGUGCAUAAACCGCAUAAGGAUAAGGCAAACAAGUUCUAAAAAAAUUCUUCUUCCCAAACUCAAGCUAAAGAACGUGAGAAUCUUGACUCUAGUGCCGUGAUCUGUCUUGCGCUAAGUUUAUUACUUAAAGUAAGGGAUAUUGUCAUCGUCAUGCAACAGUAGCAAUAGUUGUCACGGCAACGGAUUCUGGGCACGGAGUUCAAGGGAACUUUAUGGUUCUAUAAACAGUGGAUAUUGGAGUAUAACUCAAUCAACGAUGUACGCAACAAAACGCCGGAGACGCACCGUCAAAAGUAACAAGUCCCAACUGGUUGACCCACAGAAGAGCAACCCCAGUAAAAGACAUAGAAUUCGCCUUAAUGGGGAACUGGACACAGUGGCCAACCUACUGCCCUUUGAACAGAAUGUGAUUUCGAAGUUAGACAAGCUUUCCAUCCUGAGGUUGUCUGUGAGCUAUUUAAGGACGAAAAGCUUCUUCCAAGCUUGUCUUCAUGACCGAUACACACUUGAUGGUCGCCUGGGGACACAUGGCCACCUUUACCCAGACUCUGCUUUCACUGACACAGACACAGUGCUACAGGCUCUCAAUGGUUUCAUGACGAUUGUCAAUUGUGAUGGUGAGGUUUUCUUUGCCUCAAGGACUGUAGAACAGUAUCUAGGAUUUCACCAAUCGGAUAUUCUACAUCAGAGUGCCUUAGAGUUGAUUCACUCAGAAGAUCGCGAUGAUUUUCAGAAUCAGCUUAACUGGCGAUCUCAACUUCCUCAGAGCAAGCAGGACAUGACCCUACAACAAGUUAUGAUGCCAGAAAAUCAUCAUCUUCUCCAGCGAUCUUUCACAGUAAGGUUCCGUUGUUUGCUUGAUAACACAUCCGGUUUUAUCACACUAGAAAUCUCUGGUAAGAUCCGAAUGCUCCAUGGACAGAAUCUGAAAUGUGAUAAUGAAGAACCACCCCUGGCGCUGUUUGCGACGUGUUGCCCAUUUGGCCCCCUCCCCCUCUUAGAUACAUCACCCAGAGACUACACAUUCAAGACAAAGCACAAGAUGGACCUUGCUCCCAUCAGUAUGGACCACAGGGGAAAGAUGCUGUUUGGAUAUUCCGAUAAGGAGCUGUCUGCAAAAGGUGGCUAUGACCUCAUACAUCCUGAUGACCUGAACUACUUUGCAGCAGCUCAUCAAGAACUGAUCAAAACAGGAAGUUCAGGGUUGAUCUGCUAUCGGUUCAUCACAAAAGAUUUCCAGUGGAUUUGGCUCCAAACAAGCGCUAAAGUGAUAUAUAAGAACAGCAAGCCAGAAUUUGUGCUCUGUACACACAGACAUCUAACUGAAGAUGAAGGAAUGGAUCUCAUAGGAAAGCGCGGGAAUGAAUUCAAGCUCCCCUACCCCCUGCUAGACAUGGACACAAGUGGCUUUGGGAUGGACAGUGACAAUGAAGAGUAUAGUAAAAAGGCACCAAAACCCGCUAAGAAACCGAAAAACCAACUACGUGAUUAUCUUCAAACUGGUCGUAAACGGAAGAGCCCAUAUCGUGAAGUAAAUGGGAGCAUUGCUGCAUAUGGCUCCACCUAUCCUGGAUACCCUGGCUCAGAAGUUAAAGCAGAAGUCAUGUACCCCUAUGCCACUCCAAAUAAUAACAUUGGGAUAGACUCUGCUGAUUUCUACCGUGGGUAUACUACAUUCCCGCCAACGUUAUAUCCAACUGCCGCCACUGACCCAUACCGACUUGAAGGAGAAAAACAGCAUUAUGCCAAUAGCUACUAUUCUUCGUAUCCCAGCAGUCUUCAAUAUCCAACCAAUGGCUAUUCAGACGUGAAUGUAAUGGCCGCAAAAUAUAGCUACGAUAUGUCCAAAUAUGGAUAUGAUGUAACAGGGUAUGGGUUAGAUCUAGCUAAGCGUGGUUCAGCUUAUGAUGAUGAUAUAUCAAAAUAUGACUCUGAAUAUCGUAAAUAUAGUCAAGAUUAUGCGACAAGCGAAAAGUUAACACACAGGGUAAAUGGAUCAUAUGAUUCACUCAAGUCAACAGCAUAUGACUCGCUAAAGGCAAACAGUUAUGACACAUUGAAGGGCUCAAGUUAUGACACUUUGAAGGGCUCAAAUUACGAUAGCUUAAAAAACUCUACAUAUGACACUUUGAAAGGAGGUUCCAUAUAUCCAAGUAGUUCCGCAUAUUUGAACAGUUCAGACAGAUUACAAGGGGUCCAAAUCCCAACAGCAAGUAUCUAUCGAACUGAAGCCAGUAUCGUUGAAAAAUUCCAUUCAGACAUAGACUCUAAGAUUAUGCCCAUUGCCAGCGAGGCUGGAGGUGUAGAAGAGAUUACUAAAACAUCAGUGCCGCAUGGGCAAACAUCCGUCAUCAGGAGUGCCAGUGAAUAUUAUAAAAACAGUGUCACAAACAAUAACAAUACAAUUCUGCCGUCCUAUGCCCAAACCGCCAUUGUGGAGACCCCUUCAACACAGUGUAAUGGAUCCACUUGGACAUCCUGUAGUAAAAUGUCAGCUUAUAACAGUAUGAGUUCCAGCCCACAUCAAAACACAAACACACCCUCUCCUGUGCAUAUAACAGGGAGUGAGGCUCAUAAAAUGAACAGUCCUAACAAGGAGAAUAAUGGAGUAAUUGCAUUGAAUUCGGCAGUUACAAAUAACAGCUCCAGCCCCUCUUCAGCCACAACUGCCACCUCAGUCAUCCAACAAACCAGCAGGUUGCAUCAAAAACAGUCACUAGGUGGCAUUGCAGUGCCUGUUGUUAAGACACCUAUGAGUCUCCAUGGCAACCUACACUUGACAGCACAACACACCCCAGAAUCCAUCAGUUGGCAGGCAGCUGCAGACACAUAUAAGAAUUCUAUUAUGAAGGCUGGUGAACGUGGACACGGCAUAGACUCCAACCCUUUAUUGUCUUUCUCAGAGAUGACACAUACACUCUUGACUGGUUGAUCAAUCCUACCGCCAUCUCGAAUAUCAUUGUAAUAACAUAUGUGGAGGAAUGAUUCCGAGAGGAUUCAGAAAGUUGGCAAUUGAACCAGUCUGUCAUUUUGUACUUAACUGCCAUAAUGAAAAAUGAACAAUGAUUUAAUUUGCCAUCUUGAACAAACAUUACAUAUGAACAAAACCUUAAAACAAAACAGGAAAAUCACAAAUGAAUAAUGGCGUUCUAAACUGAAGGGCUAUAUAUUUUGUUCUGCAAUUGAAGUACCAUAUUUUAUUCAGUAUAUGAACAUUAACUCUUGGCAGCCUGGAUUUUCACACAAGUUUGGAAUUAUCUCAUCCUCGGGCUGUUGAGAGUUAAAAAGAUGCGGAUACUUCCUACACAAGGGCACAUUCCAGAAAAGUCAGAAUCUCCAUAACACUAACUAUUCCAAAUAUUUUUGAAAUGACAAUACUGUAUUAUACCAUUUUGUAUUUAAAAUAUGUUAACGAAUCAUUCCUUGUAGAAAAUAUGGCUUCAAAUUCAGUGUGCAAUAUCUUAUUUACAGUGAUUUAUAGAUAACCAGCAUCGUCAAACUCGAAUCCGAUUUUUGUGACUUGAAGAAGUCAUUUAUCUUUUACAAUUGCAUACGCUAGAGAUAUUAAACAGUGUCAUUCCAAUGGGUUUUGUACAUUACUUUUUAACAUUAACUCAACGUGUAAGUCGUCAAUAAAAUGUUACUUUUAGA